UCGGCUGUUGGUGGCGGACUGGCGCCAUGGGGUUCACGUUGGAGAGCUUGAGAGAGGCCAUGAAGUACAUGGUAGAGUCGCAGGGCUUCGAACGAGUGCUCCGCAAGGUGAAACUUCUUUCUGCAACUCCUGGAAAAGUUGUUUGUGAAAUGAAAGUAGAGGAGGAGCAUACAAACAGAGGUGGUACGUUACAUGGAGGCUUGACAGCCACACUUGUGGAUGUUGUGUCGACAGCAGCGUUGCUAUACACAGAAAGAGCAGUGCCAGGGGUCAGUGUGGACAUGAACAUCACAUACACUUCUGCUGCUAAAAUUGGAGAAGAGGUGCUGAUUACAGCUCAGGUUUUGAAGCAAGGAAGAAAUCUUGCAUUUGCCACCGUGGAUUUAACAAAUAAGGCGUCGGGGAAGUUAAUUGCACAAGGUAGACAUACAAAGUAUCUAGGAAAUUAAUACUAAGUCGUUCAAAAAUAAUGAUCUUUGGCUUCAGAAUCCUGUAUAGAAGGAUUUUCUCAUUUAUGCAAUGACACAUCAUCUGCACAAAGCUCUGAUUGUCUGUAUUCUAUAAAGUGAAUUUGUCUCACUCCCAUAAUAGGCAAACAAAUUUCUUAAUUGUCACAAGCCUAAAAUUAGUGCCUACUUGAGAAUGGACAACAGUGUGAUAGCAUGGGGAUGCAUCUGGGGGUUUUUGGUCAAGACAGCAGAAGGAAAGAGCAUUUGGACUGGCAUAUGGCUUACCAGCAUGACAGUGCUUUAAGAGGCCUGUUCGUUUCACCUAUGGUGAUGUCGUGUGACAAAGCAGCCCUGUCUUCAGGCCUAUCACAGUCACUUUCAAACAACACUGUAUGUGCUUACAAACCUGAACUACGUGUUCUGUGAGGUGGUAGUGACAUAGUAAAAUUCAUCUUGAUGGAAACAAAGACUUGCUGGCAAAGAGCAGUUGAAAAAUGGAAUUUACAAGGACAAGACACUGAUUUUCCAACCACGUGCAAUAGAGAGGGAGGUACCUUCAUUCCUUGACAAGGAAUCCUGGAGUGAAUCAGACCGUCUUCAGAUGUCAUGGAAGGAUAAAAGCAAGUUGUGAAAUUCCAAACUGUGUGAACUUAAGACCCCAGAAGAUAACAUGAAUAUGCAGGACUGUUCCAGGAAACCUAAUGUAAAUGCAUGUGUUUAAGAGCUAUAAAGCUGCUACUUUGUCUUGUCAGGGUACGGGAUCUGAGACGUGAGUCUCCUUGCACCAAAACUUGUGCAGCUUUGUAAUAAAGAUUUCCUGUCUUGUAAAACUUAAAACUGGAGUCUUAUGAGGUUUCCUUCUAUAGCUGAAUUUUACAACAAUAGUACAGAGUUCCUGUAACAGUGUGAAACUGGUUUGAAAGUGUAAAGCAGGAUAAUACAGAAUGUAAUACAGAAUGUGAUUUACUGACACUGCAACAAAUUCAAAAGUAGUCAAUAAAGCUUUCUGAGAACACUUUUAGAGAUCAUGUAA